GGGCUCACUACUAUCGUACAGUCCCGAUUCAUUCUCCAAGAAACUGCAACGAUAAUCGAGCAACGCUACGGGGUAUCACUCUGUAUAAGAUUUCUUCGAAGCCGAUACGCCGAAGACGAGUAGAGGGAGAGAGACAAUGGAGUCGCCGGGACAGUGGUUGGAAAAGGAGUUGAUUGAACUCUGCAAAAAGUUAGAGACGGGUCUGGAUUUGGACAGCGAAGUCAUAUCAGGCCUCGUCUCUUACUGUGAGCUUGCUCCUCCCCUAGACGCCAAAGAAUACCUGGAUAAUAUCAUUGGCCAGGAAGCCGGGAAAAGCGUGAUUGAGGAAUAUCUAAAGCGGAGAGGUCAUUCAGAUAUCUACAACAGCACCUCAGAUGCUCCAACUUCCAAAUUACAUGCAUAUGUCAAGCCACCCUCCAAUGAGGGUUCGGUCAGCGGAACCAAGAAACCAUUUAAAGCACCAAAAGAGGUUACAGCUUCCAGUAAUCAGGAAAAUCGAAACCCAACUGCGGCCAUGGAACCAAGAAACACACAAAAAGGUAACCAAGGUAGUUCUAAAAAGAAAAAAGCUGGGAAAGUUGUUUCACUUGCAGAGGCAGCACAAGGUUCAAUUAUAUUCCAGCAGGGGAAACCAUGUUCAUGCCAAGCCCGACGACACAGGCUGGUGAGUAAUUGCUUAUCUUGUGGGAAGAUAGUAUGCGAGCAGGAAGGAGAGGGGCCUUGCAGUUUUUGCAGUGCCCUUGUGCUGAGGGAAGGAAGCACGUAUGCUGGGCUUAGUGAAGGAGGUGUGGUUCCCCUAUCAGAGGCUGAGGCAGCAGCUGAAGCUUACACAAAGAGGCUUGUUGAAUAUGACAGGAAUGCUGCAGCACGUACAACAGUUAUAGAUGACCAGAGUGACUACUAUGAGAUUGAGAGCAACAGCUGGCUGUCAAUGGAGGAAAAGGAACUUCUAAGAAAGAAAAGAGAAGAGAUUGAAGAGGCUGAACAAGCCAAACGAAAUAAAGUGAUUAUGACCUUUGACUUGGUUGGGCGCAAGGUUCUUAUGAAUGAAGAUGAUGUUUUGGAAUCAGAAAUGGAGAACAGAAUUCUACGACCACCUGAUGAAAGAGAAGUAAACAGAAUUAAACCAAACCCAAACCUUAAAAUACAGCCAAUAUUUUUGGACCCAAGCCCCAGCAGAAAGCCUGUAAAGGGAAAUAAUUCGAACAAAGGCCUAUCUAACGGCUUGUGCUUGGAGAUCAGUGGGAGAGUGCAGCAUAAUACCAGUCCAUUAAACGUUCUAUGAUGGACAACCAACUGGAGGAAACUGUGUUAAAUUGGAGUCUUCGGCAUGUGCUAUCUGGAAAUUAGGGUUUGCUGGUGGAAUAUAAUACCGAAUUUUCUCUAGAUUUCAUUGAGAUUUGUCUAGCUUACUAAUUGUUUGGUGCUCUUUCUUGGCAUGACUCGUUUGAUCAGCAAAACACUGCAGACUAAAAAAGAUUUUCUUUUGGGCCCCUGCAGUUGCAGUAUUAAUUGAAGAUGUGAUUAUUGAUAGUUCCAGAUUAAGAGUGGUUUUGUAGUAGUUGGCCUGUGAUGCACAUAUAAUCAGUUAUAAUGUUGAUUUCAAUUGGACGGAAAA